AUGCAGUUGACGAACCCAGUAUGGAUUCAUCACUCAGGUGGUGCUAUUUACUCAGUUGAUAUCCAUCCAAAUGGUACGAAGAUUGCGACUUGUGGACAGGGUGGUGAAGGGGGCUCAGGAUUAGUCAUUAUUUGGAAUGUUAAACCGGUUAUUAAUGAGAAGGCUAGUCAAGACGCAUCAUGUAGUCGUUUACUGUCUCGGAUUUUGCAUCAAAGUAUUCCGGCUUUUAUGUCUUACUGUGUGAACUGUGUUCGUUGGUCUCCAGAUGGAAUGUAUCUUGGAUGUGCUGGGGAUCAGCAGUCAUUGACGCUAUGGGAAUUUACUGGCCGAGUUUUUAGUACCGGAACUAUAGGUUCUAAGGACUCCGUAAACGUGGAAAAAUAUCGCGAGAAAUAUCGUCUGAAUGGUCAUUCUCUGGACGUUUUACAUCUUGAAUGGUCUAAAGAUGGUCGCUAUCUUGCAUCUUGUGGAAUGGAUCAUUCUGUGAUUAUUUGGGAUGCCCAUAAUUUACCAAAUCAAGUAAUUUCACUGACAUCUGAACGAGGUGGACAUAGUGGUAUCGUAAAAGGAAUCAGUUGGGAUCCAAUUGGAAAAUUUUUGGCAACUCAGUCGGCAGAUAAAUCGGUAAAGGUCUGGGCCAUUGAUAAUUGGCAGUGUAUUAAAACAGUCAUCGACCCUUUUGUUGAGAGUAGCCAGUCUACUAUGUUUAGUCGAUUGGAUUGGUCGCCGGAUGGUGCUUAUUUAAUUGCUCCCUGUGCAAGUAAUAAUUCUGGGCCAACAGCACAUCUAAUACGACGAAAGGAUUGGGACACAACUUUAGAUUUAGUUGGUCAUCGAAAGGCGGUUACUGUAGUAAGAGCAUGCCCGCGCAUGAUUGAAUAUCAAAAUUAUAAGGGUAAUUGCCUUCAAGUGAGCUGUAUAGCAAUGGGUAGUCGUGACAAAUCACUAAGUGUUUGGUUGCUUCCAAAUGUAGACAGACCUUUGGUUGUGCUAUACAAGCUUUUUAAACAUUCUAUACUUGAUUUUUCGUGGAACGAUUAUCAUUUAACCAUAUGCUCUAUGGAUGGAACAGUGAAAUCCAUUUUAUUUGAUGCAAAAGAAUUGGGGCGAUUGCUUUCGUCAUCUGAAAUGGGUGAUUUGUGUGAGCACAUGUACAGCCGUCGACCUCUGCAGUUUUCGUCUGGUCAAGCAAUAAAUGGACAUCAACCAUGUUCUAAAGACUCCAGCCGAAUGUUUGUUGAUGAUUUAAAAAAACUUGAAGGUGAAAAGCAAAUUUUUAAGCAGCCAGAUGUCCCUGACAGUAGUUCUCUCACCGUAUCAGAUAUUAAAAAACCAUCUGAGAAUCAAAUCAUCAGUUCUGGAACCAUCUUGGUUCAUACAGAUAGGAUAGAUAGCUCAGAAAAAGUGCCUAAUAAACCGGAAGUUGAGAUAACCCAAACUGAACUACGAACAAAAUCAGGAAAGAGAAGGAUACAGCCAGCAUUUAUUGGUUCUGUUACAGUUUCUGAAACAAGUGGAAGUGAUUCUUUGAUUUUGUCUGACAAUCCAAAGUCAAGCAGCUCUGCAUUAACAUCUUCUGUACAUCUUUUGGUUUCACCAUCAAAAAGUACUGGCCGAAUAUUUGUUAGCAAUAUUGAAAUGAUGGAAUCAGAGUCAGGAGCUGAUGAAACGCUGGACUGUCAGCCUCCUACAUCACAGUCAGAAAAGGCUCUUCCUCAUUUAAUGCCGGAGCCGAUAUUGCGACCUGCUCCUUUUCCUAAAGCAUUGGCGGUCACACUAAAGGAUAACUGUUCCAUCACUUUUCCUGUUCCUCAGCAGCAGCGUUCGUUGUCGGUUUUUGUUGCCUCGAGUGAGAUGUGCGUUGUAAAUAGAAUUGAUGCAUUGAAUGAAUUUGAAAUUGCACCAUCAAUAAAGCUCACUAAGUUAUGUGGCAUGAAGGAUGGUAAAAUUCAUUGGACUGCUCAUUUGGACCCUGUUGUAUGUUCUGUUGCUGCUAACAGUCGUUGGUUUGUAGCUGGUUGCUACGAUGGAAGUAUCCAUGUAUAUUCCUCAUCUUCCGGACGACUACAUACAUUUUUUACAAUUGAUUCAAUACCUUUAUUGUUACAGAUUCAUCGGACCCACUUGUGUAUUUGCUCAUCGCAGGGAUUUGUUUAUUCGUGGAACAUAGAAGAUAUAAAGUAUAUAGUUUCAAGAAAAUCCAUUGCCGAUCUUUGUGAACGAGAUUCUAAAAUGGUUUCCUGUAAAUUGUCUGAUAAAGGCGAACCUAUAAUCACUUUUUCAAAUGGAAAAACCUUUGUGUUUUCGUUAUCUUUGGACUGCUGGCAGCUACUUUUUGACGAAAAAAGCAUCUUGCCCAGAAUAAGUGUGUCACCACUGAAUGCAUCAACCAGUGCCUUAAUCGGUUAUACUCAAAGUAACCCAAUUCAUGUGAACAGAGAAAUCCAAAUCAGUGCUACUCACUCAUUUUUAGAGCAAAGACUGUGCAAUGCACUGUCUUUGAAAGCAUCAAAUGACUUCCGUCAAUACCUCAACUUAUAUGUGCAGUCAUUACUUCAACACGGUUGUAACGAGAAACUGUAUGAGAUUCUGCCAACAUAUUUCACGGCUGUCACAAUUUGCGGGUUGAAAUGCGAUGCAUUAUUACGUGAUAUAUUAGAAUUGGCAGAACUAAACAACGGACCUCAAGAAUUCAUUCGUGAUGUCGCGUUACGUCUUGAUUCUCUGAUUUCUCUUUCCUGA